ACCCUUCUGCCUAUUUUUACUGACUCUUCCUCCCCCUCUUUUGUUUAUUCUCCCUCUCCGCUCUAUACUCCGGCACACCACCGCUUCUAUCCACCGCUUACCGUCGCCGCUGCACUUUGGAGCUCCUUUAUUUACUCACGUCAGUUCCACCACCGUGGCCACUGUUAGACUACCGUACAAUCCAGCCCAACGACGCCCGUCAAGUCUCCGACCUCCCGUCCCCUCAGAGGUGUUUUGUAGUUGUUGGAGAAGAAUCAAAUCUUCGGAGUAGGCGCUUGAACGUUGUAGUUGUCAAAGCCCCAAAGAGUCGAAUACAAUGAAGAACAAGACACUUAUCACGAGCUGGUACGAUUUACAGAGAAAUGGCGGUGAGAUGCGGUGGAAGGGAAGCUCGACAUUGAUUUCAAUAUAAGGAGAAAUCCCCUCUCCUAUACAUGCCCCCCCUCAGGUGUACAGGAUAGGUGGGAUAAGGGAGCAUUUAGUCCCUAAAAGCAUAUCCUUGUAAACAAACAAGGGAUAAGAGCUUAAAGGGAUUAAGAAUCCUUAUCCCCACCCCUCGUUCCUCCAAACAAACAAGCUGUAAACCCUCUGCAACCAACAAAGAACUAUAUUUUUUUGUUCUGAACAAUUCCUAUUAACACAUCUCCAGUUCUUCUUAUGCAAUCAUCCACAACAAUCCGUUCAAAUUCUCAAUCUCUUCGAUUCUCAUGGAACCCUUCAAUCCCCAGAAGUUUCUCUACCCAAAUCCUCAUUUCUAACCCCAUUAGUAAUAGGAGUCCCGGUGGUGGCAAUCGGGUUGUUCGGUUCGGGAUCGUAUCGUGUCCAUUAUCUUUCAAAGCAUUUUCUCUCUCCACCCCCUUCAGAACCACCCAAAACUCUGAUGCUCAACAACCCUUUAUCAAAAAGGACCAAUUUGUGUCAAAAACUGACAUCCCUGUUGUAUUUAGGAGAAAUGGGAGGGAUUAUAGGUAUUUCUGGAAUGGGGAUUUUCUGGAGCUUGUUUGUGUUGAAGAUGGGGACCCACUAACAUUAGUUCAAAGUUUUGAAGAAUGUAUUAGAAAGUUUGUGAGGGUGGUGAGAGAUUUUUUCAUACCAAAACAGGUUACUGAGAAUUACAUUGAUUAUGUCAAAUGGAAGUUCUUGCAUCGAGUCUUUAGUUCUUCCCUUCAAGUUCUUGCAACACAGGCGAUGUUUCGGGCAAUUGGAGUCGGGUAUGCUCAGUCUCUUCCUUCGGCUGCGGCUAUGAACUGGGUGCUCAAAGAUGGACUUGGUAGACUGAGUAGGUGCAUUUAUACAGCUUGUGUAGGUUCAGCUUUCGAUACGAAUUUGAAGAGAGUUAGGUUCGCGACUUCAGUUAUGUUCAGCUUAAGUAUUGGAGUCGAGUUAAUGACCCCUGCGUUUCCACAUUGCUUCCUGCUGCUUGCUUCUGUGGCCAACAUUGCUAAACAGAUAAGCCUGGCAUGCUACUUGGCAACUGGUACGGCCGUUCAUCGGAGUUUUGCAUUAGCUGACAACUUGGGUGAGGUUUCUGCAAAAGCCCAGAUCCAAACUGUGUGUUUUGAUAACUUGGGUCUUCUGUUGGCUGCAUCAUUAAAUAUUAUGUUCAAGAAUAACGAAAGAUUGCAAGCAGGUUUGCCAUUUGUGGUAUACCCCAUAUUCUCAGCAAUUGACCUGUGUGGAAUUUACCAAUCACUGAAGCAUGUGCAUCUGCAGACUUUAACCAAGGAAAGGCUUGAGCUGAUUCUCGACAUAUGGGUUCAGUGUGGACGUGUCCCAUCACCAGCUGAAGUAAGCAAGCUAGAAGGAAUUAAUCUUCUGGAGAAUGCUGGAAGAAAGAAAGAAGAUUGGAAAAUUAGAAUUGGUUGUUUGGAUACCAAGAGACAGAUACCUCGAUUAACAAUGUUGACAAUGAAUUCACUGAGCAGGGAGGAUUUUUAUUUCAUUUGCUUAGAAACUUGUAGUGGACUAAGAUCUGGAAAAGAAGGAAUUCUUCUUUCUCUAAGAGAAGGUGCAAGAACCGAGGAUAUCAUUAUGGGUUUGUUGCAGGCAUGCUACAUUCGUCAAACUCUUGAUUCAAACGGCAGCAAGUGGAAGAACAUCGUAGAAGAUUGCAUUAUCCCAGACUCGGAUGCCAUGAAGUGGUUCGGGCUAACUCAAGAAAGCAAGAGUUUUGCUCAGUCAAACAUAAUCAUAUUGAAUGAACAUAUGGUAAAAUUAAGUUGGGCUGCCAAGAAUAUUUUGUUAGGCACACAAGAACAAACUCGAUACGAUUUUAUUGACAAAUAUGAGUUUUAGGUAUUUAUGUAUUUUUCCUAGGUACGAAGUACUCCCUCCGUCCCUUAAUACGCUGCAUGUUCAGAAAUCAUAUACUCAUGAGUCAUGGCGGCAAGUGGAAGGUUGAUCAUAGAAGAUUGCAUAUUAUCUCAGAAAUCAAA